AUGGAAGAAGAGAUAGCCGCUGGCAGAACAUUAAAGGAGUUGGCUGCCCUUAAUUUUAUUCAGCAGCCUUUGUGUAUUCAGUACCCUACUUUAGAUGUUGCUUUUGAACUUAAGUCUGGUCUAAUUCACUUGUUGCCUACAUUUCGUGGUCGUGCAGGUGAAGAUCCAAAUAAACAUCUAAAAGAGUUCCACGUAGUCUGUUCAAGCAUGAAACCGACAGGGGUGAUAAAGGAGCAGAUUAAGUUGCGAGCUUUCCCUUUUUCAUUGGGGGAUGAUGCAAAGGAUUGGCUCUAUUAUCUACCAUUGGGGAUAGUCAUAACAUGGAACGAGAUGAAAAGGAUGUUUUUAGAAAGAUAUUUCCUAGCCUCCAGAGUUGCCACCAUUAGGAAAGAGAUAUGUGGUAUAAGGCAAUAUAAUGGAGAGACAUUGUAUGAAUAUUGGGAGCGAUUCAAGAAGCUAUGUGCAAGUUGUCCUCCCCACCAGAUAAGUGAUCAAUUGUUAAUUCAGUAUCUCUAUGAAGGAUUGCUGCCUAUGGAAAGAAAAGUGAUAGAUGCAACAAGUGGAGGUGCGUUGGUGGAUAAAACUCCCGAAGCUGCCAAACAUUUAAUCUCAAACAUGGUUGCCAAUUCCCAACAGUUUGGUACAAGACAUGAUGCACCACCCAAAAGGGUGAAUGAGGUAAGUACAUCUUUCAUUGAACAACAACUAUCUGAUCUUGCCUCUCUUGUUAGACGAUUAGCUGUAGGGAAUGCACAACAGGUAAAAGCUUGUGGGAUAUGUUCGACAAUGGGAUACCAAAGAGACAUGUGCCCAACACUUCAAGAGGAAGGGGCUGAGCAGGUUAAUGUAGUAGGAAACUUUCCUGGACCACCAAGGCAGUAUGACUCCAACACGUACAAUCCAGGUUGGAGGGAUCAUCCAAAUUUCAGUUAUGGAGGAAAUAGACAAGUAGGAGUUGGACAGAAUUGCUUCUAG